CGCGAAGAAUCGAGGAUGAUUUACGUCGCGUGGAAAUCCUGCCUUUGUUCAAUACAGGGGCAGGACACACAGACGCUGAUCGACGACUGCGCACGGUGGGGUCGCAGUUCCUUUCUCAUGUACUCUAUUCCAACAGACUUCUGCUGGAACAGAGGGACCCCGAGGGAGCUUCCACCGCUGCAGCUGCUCGGCGUGCAC